AUGUCCAUCAGAAAUGCCAGUGCUGUAACGGAAUUCAUUCUCCUGGGGUUCACAGGUCGCCCCGAACUCCAGCCUCUUCUCUUCGCGCUGUUCCUCCUUGUGUACCUUGUCACCCUCUUUGGGAACCUGGGCAUGGUGGUGCUCCUCAGGCUGGACUCUCGCCUUCACACCCCCAUGUACUUCUUCCUCACUCAUUUAGCCUUUGUAGACUUGUGCUAUACCUCCAACGCAACCCCUCAGAUGUUGACUAAUUUCUUAGCAAAGAGGAAGACCAUCACCUUUGCCGGCUGCUUUACACAGUGUUACAUUUUCAUUGCACUUCUCCUCACCGAGUUUUACAUGCUGGCAGCAAUGGCCUAUGACUGCUACGUGGCCGUAUGCAACCCUCUGCGCUACAGUGUGAAAAUGUCCCGACGGGUCUGCAUCUGCUUAGCCACAUUUCCUUACGUCUAUGGCUUCUCAGAUGGGCUGCUCCAGGCCAUCCUGACCUUCCGCUUGACCUUCUGUAGGUCCAAUGUCAUCAACCACUUCUACUGUGCUGACCCUCCACUCAUUAAGCUUUCUUGCUCUGAUACUUAUGUCAAAGAGCAUGCCAUGCUCGUAUCAGCUGGUGUCAACCUCUCCAACUCCCUCAUCAUCAUCCUGGCAUCCUAUGCCUUUGUUACCGCUGCCAUCCUCCGGAUCAAAUCAGCAGAGGGAAGGCGCAGGGCAUUCUCCACCUGUGGUUCCCACAUGUUGUCUGUGACCCUAUUUUAUGGGACUCUCUUCUGCAUGUACGUAAGACCACCGACAGAUAAGACUGUCAAGGAGUCCAAAAUAGUAGCUGUCUUCUACACGUUCGUAAGUCCAUUGCUUAAUCCGUGGAUCUACAGUCUGCGGAACAAAGAUGUCAAGCGGGCCUUGAAGGAUGUCCUCAGAAGAAAUACGGUAACUCUGAUGGCCAUGCCUCCAAUUACCAACAAGCCAUAG